CAAUUAUCUGAUCUGUCAAAAAGUGAAAAAUUUACAGUCGAAUAAACCCCAUUUGCUGCGAUGUUAGAGGGAAUAGAGACAUUCUCACACUUUCAAGUUGUCGAUUAACAGUUCUUUCAGACCAAGUCCACCAAGAUUCGAAAAUGAAUAAGAAAAUAUCAGACGGCUUGGCCAUCGUUGUAACCAAAUUCUUCCAACAGAAUAUCUUCUUCAGAAACCAGCUACAAAUACGUGGCAACAUUGAAGUGUCAGUUGAUUCGAUCUCGUUCACUUGUUCGUUAGAUGAAAGGCUACGAAAGCAGUGUUCUGAUGGGACGGACUCGACUCAGUUUGUCUCCCACCCUAAUUUGCAAAGUCAAGUUCGAAGUCCACGCACAAUUUCUGAAUCUACCAAUCUGACAUUUGAUGCAGAUGAUGCAGCUGUCGAUGCUGCUGUAUCCAUGAUUGAUGAUUUUGAUGAGGCGAUGUUAUCCCUGGGUGACAGUCUGAAUGAAUCUAAAGGAAUACGUGUUGGAUUAAGUGCAUCUAAUUCGUCCCUUCCUUCAGUUGACAGAUUCUCUACGACAUCGGAACGGAGAUCUACCAUCAAUAUGGAUUCAAUUCUUCCAUAUGAAAAAUCAUGGAGUUCAGAAUCGGUGAAAUCGAUUCAGAAUGAACGGAAUAUUUUUGUGAAGGAUUCGGAAUUACUUUUGACCUCUGAACGUCUUUCUCUCACCUCUAAGCCACAAAUGACUCUUGUUCCCAUCAGUGUUCAAGACACAUCGGUGCAAAAUCCUGUAGCAAACUUAGCCCUCAAUGAUUUAUCAAAAUCUAUGCUAUCAAAAGACCGGACGUUUCCAUCUGUUAAUGCAAGCACUGCCCUUAUCCCGAUGCAGCCAUCACUAAGUCAGACGUGGACUCAUAUACUUCAGUAUCUCGUUGGGCAAUCGCAAAAUAUGGAUGCAUCAAGCCUGGCAAAUUUGAUUGACAAUAUCAACCAGAUAAUGUUCAAUAGAAAUCAGCCUAGUCCACCUACGCCUACAGUAAAUAGCCCCACACCAAACUUCAGCGAAAGUUUUCUCCAGGAACUUUCGAACUUACUGAAUUCAAGCCAAACCUCUGUGGAAAUUUCUGACUUGUAUAACCCCGACUUUAAUUACUUUGUUGACAAUAUGCGCAAUCCGCCUGUGCCACCUAACAGUCCUACAAGACCAGAGUCCCGCCUCGGACCCCUUCUGUCUUCAAGUGAGUUUUUCUCGAGUCUUGAAACGUACCAAAUGACAAAUAGCACCCAAAAUUCUGGAGCAGACCAAAGUGAAUUUGAUUCUGAGAUCCCGACUCCUGGGCUUAGAAAGAGGACGGAAUCUGAAAUUAGUACGUGGCAGCCUCAGGAAAUUCAGACAAUUGACACUGGUCAUGAUGAACUGGAUCAGCUGCCACUAUCGGGAGAACUUGAUGGGGAUGAAGGGACUGUAGAGCAGAAACCUCUUUCACUUCAGGAAUCCAUUGCGGAAAUGUUGAGUGGGAAAGACACUAGGUUUUCUGGGUUGCAAAAUGAUGUCUGGUUUGGGCAGGGGAAGCGUGUUGUGGAAAAAAAAGACGAUGUCAGACAAUCUCAGGACCAGACUCGCCACCGCCACAUGUCGGAGAACUUGCCAAUAUCGCACCACGAAGACUCAUUGCGGCAUCGGCAUAUGUCCGAAAAUGUGCGUAAUUUGUUCUCUCAAACUGAAAUGCAAACUGUAACACCCCAGGGAAAUGUGACAGAUAACCAAGACAUUUUUUCUCGGGUUCAUGAAGAGCAUGUCCGCCAUCGCCAUGCAUCCGAAAACCUGUCAUUGUUUUCUCAAGAACAUGCUCCACACACAAGGAUGCGACACAGAUCGGAACACACUCUUGGUUUCACACAGGUCAAUGAUGAGCCCACCAGUGUGCGCCACUUGUCAGGAGGUUUCUCACAACUACAAUGUGAGCAUGAUCAGACACGUCACUCAUCUGGGAAUACUGGCACAUUCUCUCCUAUGGACAGACUACGUCACUGCUCAGGAAACACUGAAGUUUUUUCCCCGGCGCCGGUCAAUACGAGUGUAGAAAGAAUUCGACACACGUCUGGUAAUACGCAAGACAUUGAACAGAUUGAUUCAGAUGUUUCGAGGAUGCGCCACAUUUCUGGUGAACCUCAAGUCAAUCCCCAGCUUGAAAUGAGUGUUGGUGGUUUCAGACAGAAUGUAGACAGAGAUAUUGUCACAGAGGGGAACCCAAAUAUUUUGAAUCUGAACCAAAUAAAUACCAAUAUUUUCCAACAAAUUGAUUCUGGUGUUGCCGGAUUGGACCAAGUGAUUGUGGUGAGGGAAGCGUCGAUGUUACAACAGAACCUUGAUAGCAAUAGGGUGCGCCAGUUGUCUGGAGAUACUGAGUACUCGGGAGAUAUUGCUGGGAAUCGUAGUCGGCACGUGUCCGGUUCUGUCCAGGAAUGCUCGCAAUUUAGUGUAGAAGAAGGUCAGAUGUCAGAAAAUACACAUGAACACUCUGGACUGAUUCAAGAGCAAAAGAGGUUGAGGCAUUUAUCGGGAAAUGUUCAAACAUUUCAGCCACUUCAGGCAUUUCAAAGCAAACCACACUUGGGGUUUGCAGAUGGACAGUUUAUGCCACAGGUAGAUGCAGAAGUCAGCAGAAUUCUACAAGGAAAUAUAGCUCAAUCCUUCUCCCAACAAGGUCAUGUGGAGGAAAACCAGAGUCAUCAUGGGACAGAAAGUACCCCUAUAUUUUCACCAGCAGAGUCGAUGAAAAUUCGACAUGCCUCUGUGACAUUUUCACCGGUUGUUUCAGUCCUGCAAAGAGAGCGUGACACUUCUGGGACUCCUCAGUUGUUUCAAGCAACACAGGAGUUCAGUGAAAUGCGACCUGCAUCUGAGACGGCUGCCUUGAUGCAGCAAGUCCAAGAUGAGGCCAAUAGAAUUCGCCACGCAUCAGAAACAGCUGUCUUGAUGUCUCAUUCUCAAAGCCAGGAAGACGCUAGCAGAGUCAGACAUACUUCAGACACACUACAGAAAACCAACAAGAAACCCCAGCCAACUGACAUGUUGGUAUUUUCUGAAAUAUUGGAUAGUGCCAAAAGAAGAAAGCUCGUAGAAAAUUCAACAUCUUCUAAAAAUGUCCAUAUCUAUCCAGAAAAAAAUACAGGGCAGGUGGAAGAUUUAUCAGAAAAUGUACACAUUUUGUCUAUGGAACCUAAAAAAGAAGUUUCCAGCCAACUUGAUGCAAUGCAAAAUCAAGAAACGGGGGGAUCUGAUUGGAUAGAUGAACAGGAAGAGGAGGAUGAUGAUAUUCCAUUGAGCCAGUAUCGUUACACAUGUCCAGCCUGCGGGGAUAAACUCCGCGACUUAAACGCCCUGAGUGCUCAUAAGGUGACUGCCCACAAUAACCUCAGGUGUGUCGUCUGCAGCAAGAAGUGUCAGAGUCUACACAAGCUGGGGGAGCACAUCCGACGUCAUACGAACACUCCAAAGUGGACAUGCGAGAUCUGUGGGAAAGGCUUCAUCUAUGCUAAUAGUUACAAGCUCCAUCAGAUGAAGCACAAGAAUGAGAGGCCAUACUUAUGUGAGCAAUGUGGCAAGACGUAUACCAGUAAGGGACAGUUGGAGACACAUAAGAGGGAACACAAAGAUGUGAGGGAGUACGGCAACAUCUGCCCCCUUUGUGCGAAAGUCUUUAAAACUAAGACACACCUAAAGACCCACUUGAUCUCCCACACAGACAUUCGACCAUGGGUGUGUGACUUGUGUGGAAAAAGCUUCAAGACCAAGCAGUCAUUGACGUCUCAUAUGAAAACCCAUAGCAACAUCCGUCCAUACUCGUGUGAAAUAUGUGGGCGAGCCUUCAAACAGGUCGAGGGCCUCAGUUCACAUAAGCAGACGCACAAGGAUGGGACAAAGGAAUACCAGUGCAAGGAAUGUCUGAAAGUCUUCAAGACUUCCUACUCACUUAGAGACCACGAGCGAUUGGUGCAUAACUGUAAGGUUUUCCAGUGUGCCGAGUGCGAGCAGACUUUCAAAAGUAAGGCAGCUGUUGAGAAACACAUCGUGAGGAAACACACAAAUGUCCGAAAGGUUUGGGACUGUCCGCUGUGUGAAGGAGUCUUUCCUGAAGAGAGGUACCUCAAGGAACAUUUACGGUCCGAGCAUACUCCACCGAAGAAACGACGGACAAAAAAACAGAAAAGUCAGGAGAAUGGACCUUGUGAGGCAGUGCCAUCUGUGGGGAAUCUCCUACAGGACACCGGCGAUCAAUUAGAUUCUGAUUUGAUCACAACAAUUCAAAUCCAGCAUCCGACAGCACUCCUGCAAAUGGUUCCCAUAGAUUUGAAUAGCCUUCCUCCGCAGAACAUUCUCUCGGAUGAUGUGGGAAGUGGUGAAGGGAAUAAAGCCACUGAUAGGGCUUUUGUUCAGUAUGUGGCUGUUGGGAGUAACAUUGACAUUGAGAGCAGCGUUACCUGAGCCCUGAGAUAUCUGAACUUUUCUUGGAUCUAUUGCCAUAAUGAUUCAUCGGCAACGCACGUUUUUAUGCCAACUUAUUUGCAUUUAUUUUCCGACAUUUUAUCUGUGAUAGGAAUGCAUUGAUAAAAAACAAUGAAAAGGAAUUCUCAUUUGAUAUCAAAC